UCCUGGAUCGAGCAUCAAUUCAAAGAUGUUUUUAUUAGAGACGAAAUUUCACGGGAACACACAGCAGAGUGCUUCAAAUGCGUGUGGAGCUAUGCAAAUAACAAAUUGACCUGGAAAUUCGACUGGACAGGACUAAAAUCAUUUGGAGUGUGUGGAAUGUCGGGAUAUGAGAACUAAACGAAAUGGUCGUCGCUAACAAGGAAUUCAAGCUUUCGCACGUUUUCACAAAUGUAUUGAAAAUGAAAGACGGUGAUGAAUUGUAUUCUCCACAAGAAAUGCAUUUCAAUAUCCCAUGGAUGCUGAAAAUUAAACGCAAUGCUGAUCAUUUGGGAGCCUACUGCUAUUGCCUCAAACUGCCAAAAGAUGAAGAUGGUGUCGCCUGGACCAUUGAUGGACAUUUUGAACUGACAGCCCUUGAUCCAAAUGGCUAUCGCUCCCUGUCCGGUCUGCCCUAUUUGGACUGUGUGUUUACAAAUAAAAGGUGUAGCAGUGGACGUGCAAAGUUUAUGAGUUGGAAUGAAAUGAUAGAGGACUACCUGAUCAAUGACAGCAUUACCAUUGAAGUGGCUGCCAAAAUCACGAAGAUGUCUGGAGUGAUUGAAAAUCUGCACAGAUUCUUUGAUAAAUCAAUGAAACAAUUCUCCGAUGUGGUUAUUGACGUGAAAGGAACAAAGUUCUAUGUCCUCAGAAAGCUGCUCGCCUUCCACUCAACUUAUUUCUACACCCUUCUCGGGGAUUCUACUGAAUCGAAAGUCACAAUCUCUGACAUCAACGCAGAUGAUUUUCAGACACUUCUUGAGGUUCUCUACGGAGAAUCUGCGAUUAAUGACAGUAAUGUCGAUGGAUUACUCCAAUUUGCUCUCAAGCAUGAGAUUCUGCUCGCAAUCCAGAAAUGCAUCGAGUUUCUCAGCGAAAAAUCCGAAAAACCAAUGAAGGAUCGAGUCAAAAUCGCGAAGCAGCACAAACUGUACAAUUUGAAGAAAGCAUUAAAGGAUUAAAAAAAGGAUUAAAGGACGAUCCGUUCUUUAAGUGCUAUGCACUGCGGAUCUGGGAUUCAGGUACACUGCCUGGUGGUGAUCCCUCUGGGCUGUAAUUUAAGCCACGCCCUACUCAUGAAAAUCAAGACAACGGAUGAAAUCAAAGCGGCAUUGUCAGAAGAUCUGUUGGAAAUGGACACUACCGUGGUGGCGGCGCUUCUCCAGAAGGCAUUGAAAAUUAAAUAAUUUCCUGAAAAUCGAUAUUUCCCGGUUUUUGAUCUUUUCUAUUGGUUUUGCUGUCUAUGUUGCCGACUUUUGGAAUAAAAUUAAGCAUUAUA